AUGUAUAAGCAGCUGCAAAUGGGCCUGGGAGCGUUUCUUCUCUUCAUGUCCAAAAUAUGGUCCUGCAUGUGCUACGUGCUGAAGAAGCAAGUCAGAGCGAUAAGACAACAUCAGACGGUUAAGUACGACAUUCUGCCACUGUCGCCCAUAUCAGCGCACCGCCUAAGCCUAGUGAAGCGGAAAACACUGGUGCUCGACCUGGAUGAGACCUUGAUACACUCGCAGCACGACGGCAUCCUCCGGCAGACGGUGAAGCCGGGCACGCCGCCCGACUUUGUGCUCAGGGUCACCAUUGAUAGACAUCCAGUGCGCUUCUACGUCCACAAGAGACCUCAUGUCGACUACUUUCUCAGUGUGGUGAGCACCUGGUACGACCUGGUGGUCUUCACCGCCAGCAUGGAGAUCUACGGGCAGGCGGUGGCCGACAAGCUGGACGACAAUCGGGACAUCCUCAAGCGGCGCUACUUUCGGCAGCACUGCACCCUCGACUACGGCAGCUACACCAAGGACCUCUCGACGAUCGUCGACGACCUCUCCAGCGUCUUCAUACUGGACAACAGCCCCGGCGCCUACAGAGCAUUCCCCGAUAAUGCAAUUCCAAUCAAAUCCUGGUUUUGUGAUCCCAGCGAUACGGCCCUGCUGAACCUGCUCCCGGUCCUGGACGCCCUUCGCUUCACCAGUGACGUCCGCUCGGUGCUCAGUAGAAACCUGCACUUGCACAAAAUGUGGUAG